CUCGCGCUGAUGUGCUGCUCUCGCGCUCCUUCAUUCCCACUGCUCCUUUAAUUGACUUUAUGUCGCUGAUCAUGUCCGGCUGCAUGCUGACGCUUUUUCUGUAAAAAGAAACAGGAGGGAGAAUAUUAGUUUAACUUCCCAGGUUUGUUGAAGCUGAGAUCUGUUCUGUCAGAGAUAAGAGGAGUAGCAAGAUGAAAUCCAAAGGGAAGGCUGUGAAGCCAUCCAGAAGGACCUGGUCCGACCCGGAGCCGGAAUUCGAGCCAGACACAGAGCCGGGCUCCAGCGAGCAGGAAGGCUCAGAGGCCUCGGUCCGGAUCCGUGGCUCCUGGAGGGGCUCUCUGAGGAGCGGCGAUGGCAAGAGGCAGGGAGGAGGACGGCGACGCAAGCACGGCUCCAGCACCAAAGAGCGCAGCAUCCGUCGACUGGAAAGCAACGAAAGGGAACGCCAGCGCAUGCACAAACUCAACAACGCCUUCCAAGCGCUGCGCGAGGCCAUCCCGCAUGUGAAAACCGAGAAGAAGCUGUCCAAGAUCGAAACGCUGACCCUGGCUAAGAAUUACAUCAAAGCUUUGACCACCAUCAUCCUGGAUAUGUCAGGGGGCUGCCUGCCUGCUGACGGGGUCCCUUCAGAGGCCAGCGCUGCCAAGCUCCUCCAGUGCUACCAGCAGCACCUGGAGGAAGAGGGGGAGGAAGGUCUCACCCAAUACCUCACCAGCAUGCAUAGCUUCAGCCAGCAAAGCUAACAGUAAGAUUAAAGCAAGGGGAGCCACCAGGAGGAGGGCUGGACAAAUCAAGCAUUACCCACUUCCUACAGUCACACUCUUAGAGACGUUCAGCUGUGUUUUCUGUAGGAAGUGGGCUCUCCCCCUCCCCCCCAGAUCAUAGACCUCUAAUAAAUGCUAGCAAGAGGUGGGCUGUGCAGAACUCCAUGCAAAAUAUGGAAGGAUUUUAUACAGCAGACAUGAAGAAUGCAGACUGGAAAGUGAAACCAAAUGGACCAUAGUUGUGUAAUGUAUGUGCCCAGGAAAGAAGGGCUGCUUUUUUUCCACCCUUAUGUUUUUUUUCUUCUUGUGUUGUGGUUUAAACUGGGGAAGGGGAUUAUCUUGCCAUCUUCUUGUAUCGACUCUUGAGAAACCUGCUCAGUGUAACCUCGAGCCAUAACUGUUGCAUCCAUGAAAGAAAGACAACCAAGCAGAAGGCUUAAAUAUUGAGGUGUUGUUGCAAGAAAGCGCUCACAAUGAUAAUCCACCCUUGAUCUGAACGCGUAGCUCAUUUCUCUUCUUCUGCACACAGAAGAGUUCUUAAAGGCACAGAUGCUAUUUAACGUGUAUGUUACUUGCUUAUCCCCUCUCCCUGCUGUGUUUCCAUGUGUGUUUAAGCUGCAAACUUUGUGUGAAACAUCAUAACGGGGAAAAAAACAUUUGAGAAGUCGUUAUUAAUAAAUACAUUUAUUUAU